AUGGAACUCGCACAUGCAUCACCGGAGGUCCCGUUAGCCAUCAUGCAAGCCAUGUACUCGAGCAAGAAUAUGGCGGACUCCUCAAGAGACGAACUGAGCCGAAUUCCCGACGAUCUCAGCGUCAAGAAGUCACAGCAGAUCAUGACUCUAUUGGAUUCAGUAGCCGCAAUCUCCAUUAACGAGCAUUGCGGACAAGUUAUCGCGGUCUCUCUCUCUCUUCCAACCAGGAAGCCUGCGUCCUUCACAUGGCAGCUGACGACGGUGUUCCUGAAGGCCUUCCAACACAUUUACAGGGGGUCUUUUCUCAGCUCAGAACCAUACGCGCCUCCCUUCAAACACCUCUGCAAGAAUGGAACGACGAGAAGGACACCCUGA